ACCUAUCUUACCUUGACACUGUUAUCUGUCUAUCAAUAUCGACAUCGUUAACUUCCAGCUAGAAGACCACCUGAUUCAGAUAUUCCCUUUUUGAUCCUGUCAAAGGUCAUUCUACGAAUCUCGCCACCUCCUUCCCCACUUCAUUACAUCGUACCUUAUACACCAUGAGUGGAAGCUGUCGAAUUGAAAACCCGGUGCUAUUCAUCUGUGACAUACAGGAGAAGUUUCGAUCGGCAAUAUGGGAGUAUGAGAAAGUGAUCUCCACUACCCAGAAACUCGUGAAAGCAGCCACGAUCCUCAAAAUGCCCAUCUUUGUCACCACACAGAAUGCUGCUCGUCUGGGUCCCACCGUAUCCGAGAUCGAAUCUAUGCUCCCCAAGUCUGGCGCCGGAGGUGCACCAGCACCACGCACGGUCGACAAGACCUUGUUCAGCAUGAUGGUUCCGGAGCUCGUAUCACAACUCCCGACAACACCGGCCACUAGCCCGGCCACCCCGUCGCGCCUGUCAGUCAUCCUGGUCGGCAUUGAGACCCAUAUCUGCGUCACACAGACGACGCUUGAUCUACUACGGCUCGGUCAUAAGGUCUACCUUGUAGCUGAUGGCGUGUCGAGCUGUAACGAGUUGGAGCGUCCCAUUGCCUUGCGUCGCCUGGCUAGGGAAGGCGCUGUAGUGACCACGAGCGAGGGUCUGUUGUUUGAGUUGCUCGGUGAUGCGAAGAGUGAGAACUUUAGAGCUGUGAGUGGUUUGGUCAAGGAUACCAAGGACCGGACUAGAGAUGCUGUGGCGACCCUUGGCAAGCUGUAAAGAAGUUCAAAUAUUUACAGAUAUAUAUAUCUAUCUGAACAGAGCUUGACUCCUGACCGACGGAACGUGGUCGGAUUUCGCUCGGAUUCUGAUCGGCUUGUGAUUGAUAUCUAGGGAGCUGACCUGGAGAUAAUCAAAAGUAUAGAAUCAAAAGGAUAGAAAAC